GGGGCCAAUGUUCCAGCAGGGGCUGUUGGUACGACGCCCAGGGCAGGCACUGGGGUGGCUGUGAGUUAGGGCAGAAGGCUUCCCGGGCUCUGGCACCGUCCUGACCGUUUCUCUCUUUCAUCCUCAGGCCACGCCUCUGCUGGGACCUUAGCGGCCCCUCAACCCGAAAGCUCGCUUGCGGACGCCAUGCGGUGGGCUCUGACGCCCCUGUUGGUGCAGCCGCCUCUGCUGCUCCUGCUGGUGCUGGGGUGCGGGCCACCGGCGGCCACCGGCGGCGGGGCCGGAGGGGCAGCGGGAUACGCGCCGGUGCAGUACGUGCAGCCCAUGCACAAAGGACCCGUGGGGCCGCCCUUCCGCGAGGGCAAGGGCCAGUACCUGGAAAUGCCUCUACCGCUGCUGCCGAUGGAUCUGAAAGGAGAGCCUGGCCCCCCUGGGAAACCCGGGCCUCGGGGGCCCCCUGGUCCUCCUGGCUUCCCAGGCAAACCAGGCACUGGGAAGCCGGGGCUACAUGGGCAGCCUGGCCCUGCCGGCCCCCCAGGCUUCUCCCGAAUGGGCAAGGCUGGUCCCCCAGGGCUCCCGGGCAAGGCUGGGCCACCAGGGCAGCCAGGGCUUCGGGGGGAGCCAGGGAUACGAGGGGACCAGGGCCUCCGAGGCCCCCCAGGGCCCCCUGGCCUCCCUGGACCCUCAGGCAUUGCUGUUCCUGGGAAACCAGGCCCUCAGGGGGUCCCAGGGCCCCCAGGAUUUGGGGGGGAGCCAGGGCCCCAGGGGGAGCCUGGGCCCCCAGGUGAUCGAGGUCUCAAGGGGGAUAAUGGGGUGGGCCAGCCAGGGUUGCCUGGGGCCCCAGGGCAGGGGGGUGCCCCUGGACCCCCUGGCCUCCCUGGCCCAGCUGGCUUGGGCAAACCAGGUUUGGAUGGGCUUCCUGGGGCCCCUGGAGAUAAGGGCGCGUCUGGCCCUCCCGGGGUACCAGGACCCAGGGGGGAGCCAGGGGCAUUGGGCCCAAAAGGGCCCCCUGGGAUGGAUGGUAUGGGGAUUCCAGGGUCAGCAGGGGUGCCAGGGCCACAGGGCCCAGCAGGGGCCAAAGGGGAACCAGGGACCCGGGGUCCCCCUGGUCUGAUAGGCCCCACUGGCUAUGGGAUGCCAGGAUUGCCAGGCCCCAAGGGGGACAAGGGCCAAGCUGGAGUCCCAGGGCUCUUGGGGGACAGGGGUGAGCCAGGUGAGGAUGGGGAACCAGGGGAACAGGGCCCACAAGGCCUUGGGGGGCCCCCUGGACUUCCAGGGUCUGCAGGGCUCCCUGGAAGACGUGGGUUCCCUGGGCCUAAGGGGGAGGUAGGGCCUGGAGGACCCCCAGGAUUGCCUGGCAUUCGGGGUGACCAGGGGCCCAAUGGGCUGGCUGGGAAACCUGGGAUCCCAGGAGAGAGGGGGCUUCCAGGGGCCCAUGGACCCCCUGGGCCGACUGGGCCCAAGGGCGAACAGGGUUUCACAGGUCGCCCUGGGGGACCAGGGGUGGCAGGAGCCCUGGGACAAAAGGGUGACUUGGGGCUCCCUGGGCAGCCCGGCCUGAGAGGCCCCUCAGGAAUACCAGGACUCCAGGGCCCAGCUGGUCCUAUCGGGCCACAGGGUCUGCCAGGCCUAAAGGGGGAACCAGGCCUGCCAGGGCCCCCUGGAGAGGGGAAAGUGGGGGAGCCUGGUGUGGCUGGGCCAACAGGCCCCCCUGGGGUCCCAGGUUCCCCAGGACUCACAGGCCCUCCUGGGCCUCCGGGGCCUCCUGGCCCACCUGGCGCCCCCGGGGCCUUCGAUGAGACUGGCAUCGCGGGCCUGCACCUGCCCAAUGGUGGCGUGGAGGGCGCCGUGCUGGGCAAGGGUGGCAAGCCGCAGUUUGGGCUGGGAGAGCUGUCGGCCCACGCCACGCCUGCCUUCACCGCGGUGCUCACCUCACCCUUUCCUGCCUCCGGCAUGCCUGUUAAGUUUGACCGGACUCUCUACAAUGGCCACAGUGGCUACAACCCGGCUACCGGCAUCUUCACCUGCCCUGUGGGUGGGGUCUACUACUUUGCUUACCACGUGCAUGUCAAGGGCACCAAUGUGUGGGUGGCCCUGUACAAGAACAACGUGCCCGCCACCUACACCUACGACGAGUACAAGAAAGGCUACCUGGACCAGGCCUCUGGCGGCGCUGUGCUCCAGCUGCGGCCCAACGACCAGGUGUGGGUGCAGAUGCCCUCGGACCAGGCCAAUGGCCUCUACUCCACCGAGUACAUCCACUCCUCCUUUUCAGGGUUCUUGCUCUGCCCCACAUAACCCACGGGCGCUGCUGCCCUGACCUCCUCCUCUUUAGUGGUAGAGAGAACUUCUCAGUUACAAAGAACCUGCAUUUAAAGAAAAAACCAAAGGCUGAACAGAGGUGGGCACAGAGGCGGCCAUGCCCUGGCCUUGGCCUCGGCCGGAGGAGACUGACUUGGUUUCUCCCUCCGUGCAGGCUGAGGUGGUUUCUGGAAGAGGCUGGCUUGAGCUCCUCCUCUCCCCCCAGUGUCUGUGCAGUGUCGGGGUUGGGACCCCAUUCCUGCCCUGCCUGGGUGGUGAAACGCUGCUUCUCUGUGCAUCAGAGCUGAGGGGACUGAGCUCCCCAUCCAUCCCCUCGGGGGGACAUAUUCCCAAGCCCUGCCCUUCCUGCUGCCCCCCAGAUGGUACCUGCUCAAGGAAAGGGGCAUGGCCUCUGUUAUUGGCUGGGGCUCUUCCAGCUCCCUGGGACCUCCAGCAUAUGAUGGUGGGUCCCCUGGAGAGUCUGUUUCCCUCCAGGGGUAAGGGAAGGAGGGGCCAUUGGACCCCCUGCCAGGACUGCAAUCCCAGGGCUGAUGCUGUGGCAUCAGGCAUGUAGAGGUGUGGCCCCUUCUGCAGGCUCCUGGGAAGGGCCAUACCCCUCUCACGGUGUCAGCCGCAGCCAUGGGAAAUGGUGGUUUGUGAGGGGUGGGGCAUGGGCUGGGACAGGAUGGCAAGCCUUCACAUGCCUUUCCAUCUCCUGGGCUGCCCCCACCAGCUCUGGCUCUGUUCAGCGAGAGGGCCGGUGCCCAGGGCCGGUGCCCAGGGCCGGUGCCCAGGCCCAUAGGGAGGGGCACAGACAGUCCUUUCACCUCCUGGGGGGAGGGCUGAUUUUCUCACAAAAUUGUAAGGGAUCCUUGCCACCACCCCCCCCCAACCCAAGUGACCCCAAAGCAUAGCCUCUCGUUUAGCCCUCAGAACAAGGUGCACACAAGCUCAGGCAUGAAGACUCCGCCUGCUUUUCCUUAAUAAAAACCACAUGUAUGUGUGUGUCCACUAAAGGGGUUAAUCUGCGGGGGCUUCCUCUCCUCCCACCUCUGGUUCCAAUUUCCUGUUCUAAGCAGGAUUAGGGCCCAGGAGGCUGAGGCUCUGGGAAAAGGGGUGCCAACAGGCCCCUUUGGAAUGAGUUGGCUCUGGAUGUUUCUGCCGUUUUCCCCAGUCAGAGCUCCCCUGCAGGAAACAGGCAGGAUCCCGCCCCUCCCUUCAGCACUUAGUUCGAGCUGAGCGGGUAAAACUGGGAUUCGUGCUGGGGCAGGGAAGGUGGACGCUUGCCCAUGCAGGGGUAGCCACUCUCCCGGUGGCGUGGGGCCUCUCCAUCAGCCCUCCCCAAGCCAGCCGCCCACCCCCCGCCCCCACAAGUGUGAGCCUGGGUCAGUCAUCGUGACCUGGUUGCACUGCUGGGCCUGGCGGGGCCAGAACGUCCGUGUUGAGAACGGAGGGUGACGGCUGACUUUUGACUCGCUGAGCUGUGGCUCCCGCAGGCCCCUCACCAGUCCUCUUCCCACCAACGUCUCCCAACAAAGCCGACCAUGUGACUGCUCAUGCUAACUUUCAAAAGGAAAACCAAACCUGCCCAAGUGACACUUUAAGAACAGGUUUUGGUGGGGCUCACAGUGGGGUUCUCACUCCCCAACACCCAGGAGAGCCAUCUCAAACCGGACCUGGUGGGCCUUCUGCUCAGCCCCUUCCUGGGUCACAGCCCCAUCUGACCCGUUGGGGAGGGCUUCCCAUGGGCAGAAAUUCCACAGCUCCCAGUGAGAACCCAGGGCUCGAAGGAGGAUGCGGGGGAGCCAAAAAGGCUGUUUCACAACAGAGUUCCUGCUAAAAGUCACUCCUGAAGCCUUUGAAAGGGGUGGCCGGUGCUUCGAAGUGUUAUGUUCCAGGUGCUGUCUACUUAACCGGCUAGCUUUGAUAAAUGAUGUCAGAUUUUAACAAUGAAAACUGCAUUACCUUGUGCAUUUUUAUAUUCUGAUUCCUCACUUUUUUUAAGGUUAAGGUUUAAGUAUUUUCCAUUAGUAAUUUCAUUUCUAACCUGGUAGAAGCAGCUUAGUUCUCUACAUACCUAUUAAGUGCCCUGUGUCACAGAAGAUUCAGAAAAAAUGCACUUGGGAAUCGAAGAAAAUGGGACUUCUUUUUGAAAAC